AUGGCACCAGCCAGAGCAGGAUUCUGCCCUCUGCUUCUCCUGCUGCUGGGGCUGUGGAUGGCUGAGGACCCAGUCGGUGCCAAGCCCAGAAACAUGACCUCAGCUCAGUGGUUUGAAACUCAGCACGUGCAGCCCAGGCCUCAGAGAUGCAACACGGCGAUGCAAAACAUCAACAAGUACUCCAAUCGCUGCAAAGGCCUCAACACCUUCCUGCAUGAAUCCUUCUCCGGUGUGGCCGCCACUUGUCAGACUCCCAGCAUAACCUGCAAGAGAGGCCGUAAAAACUGCCACCGGAACCAGAAGCCUGUAUCCCUGACCAUGUGUAACCUCACCUCAGGGAGGUACCCAGACUGCAGGUACAAGGAGAAGCAGCUGAAUGCUCCUUACAUCGUGGCCUGUGACCCUCCCCAGAAAGGGGACUCUAGGAAAUCCAACCUGGUUCCUGUCCACCUGGACGAUGUCCUUUAG